GAAGCUUCGAGGGGUGGGUCGUCACCAACCUCCCGAGCGAGGCAUGGCCAGGACAGCGGCACACAACGCCGGCGGGGCGAUGCCAGGGGCAUGCAGGAGAGGAACGAGGCCGGAUCUGGCACGAGACACCCCGGAUCCAUUCGUCCCCUGCUGGAAUGAAACAAAGGUGAGAUCGAGACGCCGGCGGUGGUCCAUAGCGCCUGCAGAAUGGGAGGCAGAGAGGGAUUUGAGAGAAGAAGAGAGGAGAGGAGGAGGAAGAAGCAGCAGCAGGGGCGCGGUGGCUCGACUCGCUCUGGAUCGGGAUCAGCGGUGGCUCGGCUCGCUCUGGAUCUGGAGAGGAGGAAGAAGAAGAACCAGCGGGCGGCGGCUCUCGAUCGGGAUCCCCUCCCGUUCGCUGCGGGAGGGGAAGGCCGGUGAUGGACUGGCCGACGAGGGUGAAGAUCGCGGCGGGAUCGGCGCGUGGGUUGGCCUACCUGCACGAGGACUGUCAUCCAAGGAUCAUCCACGGGGACAUCAAGUCAUCCAACAUCCUUCUCAACGACAACUUAGAAGCUCAGGUCGCGGAUUUCGGGCUCGCCAGGCUCGCGGAGAACGACAUGACGCACAUCUCGAUGCGUGUGAUGGGCACAUUCGGGGUACUUGGCGCCGGAGUACGCCUCGACGGGGAAGCUGACGGAGAAAUCAGACGUGUUCUUCUUCGGGGUGGUGCUCCUGGAGCUCAUCACCGGCCGGAAGCCCGUCGACACAUCCCGCCCCCUCGGCGACGAGAGCCUCGUGGAGUGGGUAAGCAAGAUCACCACCGGCACGCAGCAGCAGCAGCAGCACACCCAUGCAGUACGCCAUUGCAUCCAUCACUGACAGCAUGCUCGCUCGUGCCCUUGUCGCAGUUGAGGCCGCUGCCGAACCGCGCGACCGACGAGCAGGAGUUCGAGGAGCUGGUGGACCCGCGACUCACUGGUGACUACGACGACGUCGAGAUGUUCCGCAUGAUCGAGGCGGCGGUGGCGUGCAUCCGGCACUCGGCCGCCAGGAGGCGCAAGAUGGGGCAGGUCGUUAGGAUUCUGGACAGCCUCACCCUGAACGACGUGGACCUGAGCAACGGCGGCAGGAGGGAUCUGUAGCCAGCCUCGCGAGCUUCCGACGAUUUUGUUUCUGUUCAUCUGUUGAUUGUUUUGUUCAUGAUAUUUUACAGUGAAUUUGUAUUUGUUGUCUUACUACAUGUCUCUUCCCUUUCUUUCUUUCUUUCUUUGGUGUGUACGUUAACAGGGUAUGCCCACAUGGUCAUGUAUUUUUAGUUAUUCUGAACAGAUAUACGUUGUUUUUCUCAUAAGUUCCCUGAAAUAAGAGAGUGUUGUGAAUAGGGCAUUGUGGAAAUUAUUGUUGUACGCCCCUAUACACAAGCCUUCGUAGGCGUUAAGAGUCCAUCCAUGAAAA